AUGUACGCUAAGUACAACGGUCACAGUAUUUUAUUCCUGGACUCCGUGAAACAAUUCUCCAUUGUGUAUGUGAUUAGGAGAUCGCCGUUAACUCAAUCUCAUUUCCGUCGAGAUGAAGUUUUGCGGAGGAUGUAUACAUCAAAAUCAAUACAUCAUUAUCUACCGUCUAAUAAUGCUGUCAAUAUUUCUUAUCGGAGGAUACUAUGGCUAUCGUUGUUUUUAUCCAAACGACACGUAUAUUGA